GAAUUUAGAAAAUAAAUCAUUGGUCAAUCAUUUUUUUUUAUUGUUAAUACAAUCAUUAGUAUGCUGUUGAAAGGUUUAUUGUUAACUGGAGAAAAAUCUGGAAGAAGAAGAUGAAGACAAGAAACGUUUAUUUUUCUGACACACUGUAAUGCACACACACACACAUACACACACCUAUAUGUACACACGAAAUGAACAACCAUGGAGAGACACAUUCACACCUCCCCCAUAUAAAGUUAUUUACUAUUUCAUUUAAUAAACACACAUGUAAACAAAUUCUGCUGAAAUAAUGAUAAUAAUGAUGAUGAUAAUAACAAUAAUAAUACAGAGGAGAGAAUAAAACUCAUAAAACUCAACGACAAAUGAACCACUAAGAGGAAGGAGAAAACGUGAAGACGAAAAAAGAGAAAAAACAACAACACGGGGAUAAAAUUUCUCUUCUAAACUGAUCCACUGAAACCAAUAGAAAUUAGAUAAAAGGCUUGAAGAAAGUUACUAUUCUUUAUUAUUAUUAUUAUUUUUUUGUCUACUUAUUACGUAGUAGGGGAGAAUGAAGCAAUACGAAUAAAAUGCUAAUAGGCUUAUUAUUAAAAGUUUAUUAUAUAAAAGGGAAUGGAUAAAGUUAGAUAAUUCAUUUCUAUCACUAGAAUUAUUAUGAAUACAUGGAGGCAUAAUGGUGAUACAGUGAACGCGAUGAACAAUUACAAUUCAAGUAUUACGAAUCCGUUUCUAUGGAAUCAGUUGAUGAAUUACAUUACAAACCACAGACAAUUAUCAAGUGAAACUUAUGAAAGUAGAAAUAUGUUAAGUAAUAACUGUGCUCAAUCAGAAUCUUUACAAAAAUCGUUAACUUCUAUACCACUAUCAAUUUUUCAGUCGUAUUCAAAAGAUUUAAAUUAUCCACCGUUGAAUAAUGAACACAAUGAUCACUGCAAUCAACCGAUGAAUAAUGUAAGUAUGAUGAAAAUGAUGAUGAAUCCAGAAUUGAUUAUGUCCAUAAAUAAUUCAUUCCACAGUAAUAGUAAUAACAGUGAUAAAACUUUAAAUCAUAAGUCAUCAUCGAAUCCAGUCACAGUUAUUUCUUCUUCCUCAUCAUCACCAAUAUCUUCUGUUCAUUUACAUCGCAACCAACCAAAUACUCCUUCUUCAUCGCCUUUGGAAUCCCAUUCACAUCAUCAUAAUAGUAAUAAUCAUUCACAUGUGAAACGUCCAAUGAACGCGUUUAUGGUAUGGUCACGUGGUCAACGACGUAAAAUGGCACAAGCUAAUCCUAAAAUGCACAAUUCUGAGAUUAGUAAACGAUUAGGCAUAGAAUGGAAACUGUUGACUGAUAAUGAGAAACGUCCAUUCAUUGAUGAAGCAAAACGUUUAAGAGUUAAUCAUAUGCGUGCAUAUCCAGAUUAUAAGUAUCGACCAAGAAGAAAACCGAAACAUUCAAGUAAACCAGAAAAAUUCACUCAACCAACAGUACAAGAUUUUGCAUAUCAACUUUACGGAAAAAUUCACGGAUUACAAGCUAAUCAGUUAGCAGAUAGUUCACACAUUAACCACUGCUUACCAUCUUCUUUUCCCGUGUGUGAUGAUUCAAGGACAAUUCACAUAUUACGUAACUUCAAAAAUAUUUUAGCUGACCAGUACGCUGAGCAACCAGAAUCACUGCAUACAAGUGGAGAAAUAAAAUCAUCUCAGCUACAUAAAGAAGAUAAAAAAUCAGAAAUGUUUUCUUUACUUCCUUCUACAUUAUGCCCUGCGAAUGAUAAAGGAAUUGGUGAUAUUGUUAAUUCGAAUAUGGGUAACUAUGGUUACCACUGUCAACAAGAAACGGCUGUAAAUAAACAAAAUCCAUCAGAAUUAAAAAGGCCAACAUUUAUGCUUUCAAGUUUAUUGGAAAAGGUGACAAACAAUGCAGGUGAAACUGAUUCGCUCAGUGAAACAAUGGUAACAUCUACACCUUACGCAAAUAUAUUAACAAUGACGUCAUCAGUAUUAUCUCAGAAUAAACAGGCAUUUAAUUACUCGUCCUCUUCAUGUAGUCAAUUAAAUCAAAUGACAUCAAUAUCUAAUCAACUGACUGAUGAUAAGGUGAAAAUGUCACACAUAUGGAACGCAAUUAAACAUUCAUUUUCAUCUAAACCGACGUCAUCAAUCUCUUCGCCUAUGAUUAAAAGUACAACGAUUACUUCUUCAAAUAAAACCAACACAAGGAACCAGACAUCAUCUUUAGAUUUAUCGGGACAAAGUACAUCUGUGUUUGAAAAUGGACUACAUUCGUUAUCACCAUCACUAUCGCCAUCAGCAGGAUCAAAACAAAAUCAACAACUUUAUGACGAUUAUAUUGACCAAGAUAUUCAGAAAAAAGACAACACUUCUGAAGGUAAUAAUUUUCAACACUUUUCAGUGCUGCCUACAUUUUCAAGAUCAUCAUCUACAUUCUACUCCCCUUCAACUUACUGUUCACCUAAUCCAUCAUGUUUGAAUUCACCAACCUUUUCAGCUGUUUCAAAUUACGAUUUUCGUGAUAGACAUAUGAUAUUCAAUCAUACAGUGUAUAAUUCAGUGCAAGAAUCUGAUGAACACAGAUCAUGGGACAGUAUGAAAAAUGAUAUUUCAGUUUUGGAAAACUGCAUGUCGGAUUCCCAUAAACAUACUGGGGAGAAUAAUAUGAAUAGUGAUGGUGACAAUGACGAUGAUGGUGAUAGUAAGAUUCCUAUGGAAGAAGGUUCAAUGAACUGA